UGUACCUUCGCCAAGUUCAUAUGACAUAAUAGACAAAGUCAAUUAGAAAGUCAAUUAGAGGUAAUUACUACUAGGUAGAUAGAGAGGAAGGAGUUCUUCCAUAUAGAAGUUAGAAAGCUAGAAGUUAGAAAGGCGACCCAAGCCCUUUUUAAUUCACCAAAAUAACGAAAUGAAAGCAUACAUUUUAGCGAAUCGACCGACAUCCUGCCUCAAUCCUCGUUAUUCGCCUCAUAAUGGACCAACUCGCGAUCAACCAGCAUGAGCUACCUUCGCACUUUUUUAUCCACCCUAAGCUGGAGUACUUCAUCAAGCCUGCCUACUACUAUUUAAGGCAGAACUUUCCACAAUGUACCGAGUUAAUUAUCCAAGUUGCUGCGUUCAAUGGCGAAGAAGUCCUGAUGGAACGGGAUCCCGUGAGAGAAUGUUGGUCUCUUCCUACUGAGAAGUAUGAUGGGCAAUGGAGCUCAAUGUUGCAUUUCGUCGUCUAUAUCGUGAGAGUUCGCUCGGGCUUCACGGUCGAGAACGUGGACCGUCUACUAUCAAUCGCGUUAGAUUGGAUUGACGAAAAAAGCCAAAGCCUAAGGGUGCGGCUAACAUUCGCCGUAAAUGUCUAUUCUGGUGAUUACAAAAUAUCGAAUCCUUGUAACAUGUGGGCAACUGAAGCGGAAGUGGAAGCUUUGCAACAACAGCCUGAAGUCCGGAUCUAUCCGACGUUCGUGAGGGGACUUCUUUCAGCGACUUUCAAAUGGAGGCACGAGAACCUGAUCCGAUUCUCAUUGGUGUACCCUAAAAUUCAGACUUUUCCAGAACCCCCCCAAGACCCCCAAGUCCCCCAGGCCACGUAUGGCGGAGCUACAAUAGCUACAUACCUAAAUAUGGAUUCGUAUCAAUGAGCGAUGGAGAAAUUGGUCGUGAACGACCUGUUUUAUUCUGUAGGAUUAUUUUAGAAUAAUAAGUACCUAAUCAAAGAAUAAGUAGUCAGCGCAGCGCUACUUUG